AAUUGUUUUGUCUCCGAGUUUUAACCAUAACACAGAGAAGUUUCAAUGGUAAUUACACAAAACAAGGACCAAUUAAAAAUAAUGUAGCACUGAGUUUAUGAUUGGAUGAUUUGUCGAUUAACCAUAAUUUCCUCAGUCAUUCGAUGGUUUGACGGAUGCUGGGUAAUGUAAGCUGCUCCCUGUGAAGUACUAAGGGGAGGCUGUUUGAUCAUGUAUUCUGAGUGGUCCUCCCUUCAGGAUGAGAUCCAGUGUGACAAAACCAACCAGAGCGUGCUCCAUAAGUUUCCUGCUGCUGUCGGUACAACUGUUGCUACCUCUGUGGUGAAACACAUUGCGACCAGUCUCAGCAUCGCGGCAAAUAACCUAGAGCCAUGUCGACUGGACAGUGACAAGGAGGUCAAAUGGGCCAUGGAGGUGCUCUGCUAUGGUCUGAGUCUUCCAUUGGCCGAGUUAGACACCAUCAAGGAGUGUGUCAAUGUGUACUGUAACUGGUUAUUGGCCUGCAUGCCCCCCUCCCCACACCCGGAGUCCGUGCCGAAGCCCCUCCGUGAAGACCCUGACCCCUAUAUACAGGACAUGAUUCACCACCUUCUCAAUCUGUUUGUUCCUCGACCAGGAUCAGAUGUUGACAGUGUGAGGAAACAGGCUGUUUUCUGUCACCGAGUUCUAAGACAAAUCCAAUUAAUCGCCAAAGAGUCCACCAUGUUAUCCAGAGAAUCAUGGGAAACACUGCUGAAAUUUCUCCUUGCGGCCAAUGACAGUUUGUUGUCUCCCCCGCUAGAGAAAGACGAUUCCGGAUUAAGUUCAUAUGAUAUAGGUGACCAGCUGUGCGAGCGUGUCCUCAGUGUCCUGUUCGAGAUCUGGCUUCUCGCCUGCCACAAGUGCUUCCCGUCUCCCUCCCUUUGGAAAACGUUCCGAGCUAUGUGUAUCAGCUGGAGGCACCAUGAAUCUCUAGUUGUCCAGUGGCACAAGGUCAACCACGCCCUGACCUGCCGGGUCCUCAGCUUCACCCAAGGUCCAGAUUAUCCUAAACUGACUUUGACUGAUGAGGACAGUCAGCUGAUUCCACCCUCCAUGACAUACGACUGUAUUGCUCAGUGCUGGUUUCGAUUUCUUCACAUCGUUCAGAAUCCUGUGGAUCUGUGCCGCCCAGAAACCAUUGGAAAAACUCACAAAUUCAUGCAGGCCGCCAUGAACAGUAAUACACUGGUAGACCCAACUCAGCACGAGUGUCUGUUGAAACUCCCCUUUAUUUUCUACAAGGCCAUGAAGGGGGUGUCUGUCAUGGUCAACGCUUUUCUGGGUAUUCCCCAGACACAAACUAGGUAUGAUGAUCAACUGAUCUCAACCAACAGUAACAAGCUGAGUGUCCCCUCCACACCUCCAGGCCAGAGGAAGACCUCCAGACCCAUGUCUGUCUUCAGCUCAUCCAACAAAGGGAGCUCAAAGUCAUCAAACACAUCAGCGAACAUGCCAAAGUCCUCCACUCCUAUGCUGUCUAGCCUGAUUUUCUAUGAACCCCGCCAAUCCCUGGCCCCAACCCGACCCCGAUGUGACAGUAUCCUCCAUCUGUUUGGGGCGUGGUUAUUUGACGCUGCACUAGCCAGAGUCAGAUUUCACAACUGUCAUAGAACUGUUCCUGAACAAGGUUCCAUCCACUCAGAUCGGCGGUCUAGCUCAGUGACAGACUCUCGUCGGAAUUCCGUGAGUCUAGACUACCAUCAGGAUGUGGGAUGUGACAACACAUAUGAGAUGGGGCGGGCUGAGGCUCUCGGAACACUGUGUAGAAUUUUCUGUGCCCACAAAACAGGGGAAACAAUCCUACCAGUGUACUACUCUCGAUUUUAUCUGGCCAUGUACUAUGGUUUACAAACCUCAGAAGAUUAUAUGAGUGGACAGGUGCUUGCCAGUGUCCUCUUUAACUCCUGUGAUAUUUUACGUGUGGAUUUGGACGGAGUUCAGAUGUUACUGCCACACAUUUUAGAUGCCAUUCAGCUGGUGCUCAAUGACCUACCAAAUAAAUACAAAUCUAGUGAGACUAGUAGUGCUAUAGAGUUUAAGAAUGUGGAUCUCCAGAGAUCGUGUAUCAACCUACUCCUCAGCACUCUUUGUCUUCCACUCCACUUCAAAGACCUCACCAUCAGGGAUAUCGUAUCCAGCACAGAUACCGAUGUACAACUUAUCACAUUCAUCUCCCUGAAGAAGAAGAUCCUUGACCUCAUUCUUGGAGCUCUGAAAACCACUGCAGAUUCCACAAACACACAGAUGUUACUGGGUGGUCUGAUGUUGCUGGUGGAAGACUUGGCAGUGUGUGACUUGGCAGAACAGACAACAUUUCAGCCACAUGAUGUCAGUCUAGAGGUGGACAAUUCAGUUUUCUCGGAUAACAGUCAGACAAGUUUGAAGACAUCGUCCUCGGAGUCCAGCUUUAAGGAAGGACCUUACCACCGACUGGGAAAUUCAGCCCAUGACAUAGAUUCUGCUUAUGGCUUGUUUGGUGAGUCUGUGGCUCUGAUCUGCCACCGACUCAUGUCCCAGUGGAAGGGUGACCUCAACAGUGCUCUGGCAGCCAUGGAAAUCUUGGCUGGUCUAGCAAAACUGGUGAUCAGCCCUCCGAACUUAAUGAUGUGCAAGUGUACUGUGAAGUGGAUUUGUGAAUUCAUCGUGCAGCAGUGUAAUCGCCCUGCUCCCGCCCACUCUAAGGACCUCCACAGUACGAUUGUCGCCGCCUUCCGAUGUCUGAUGUUGUGGUUGGUGGAACACAGCCGUCUACUGUAUGACAAGGAAUGCCUCCAUGUUGUUCUAGAGGUUGUGGAACUGGGGAUCUCAGGCUCCAAGUCGCAGAAACCUGAAAUUCAGAGUGUGCAAUUAAAAGAAACAAAAAUCGCCCCAUCAGUUCAGAACCGAGCCAGUGAUCCUCCUAGAUAUAAGCAGGACAAACAGAGACAACCGGCCUCAAAACGCGUCCAGGAGGCCGCGGAGGGGUUACUGACCUGCAUCAUCCAACAUGUGGGUGCUUUCCCGCCUCCCUGUGGCCCCGAGUCCCUGUUUUCACUGCUGGAUGAGAAAUCUCUUUUGAAGUAUACAAAAGGAAACAGUAGCCUUCCAGAGCAUGGUUCACCAUUUCGAUACUUUGUCCUGGAGAACUCCAUUGUUAUAGGGCUACUAGAGCAGCCACUGGGGAAUAUAGAAGACCCACUUCCCACUGUGACAGCUUUGAUUCGAGGACCGUUUGGUCGACAUGCCUGGGUCAUGCAGCUUAGGCAUUCUCCCAGGAUCAAGCGACAGGGCUCCUCAAAGUCCCAUUUAGCUGACCCAGGACGACCGGUGCCUAUGGAGAAUGUUGGAACUCAUCACACUGUUAGACCUCGUAACUACCCAGAGUCUGUGGACAAGGUGACCCAAACCAAAGCGGACAAGAGCAUUCCUACACUAGAGUCGUUGGUGACUGAUGAAAACCGCCCCGAGCUCAAUAAACUCAAGUCAUUCAUGGAGAAACAGGCUCAAUUUGAGGAUCAAAUCAGUCAGACAAAACAGGAGGAAAUGCAGAGUAUGACCUUCCCCAACCAAGACACAGAGUGUAAACCUCCAAAGAUAACAGAGGAAUUUCAGGCUGCCCGUCUCUUUUUGUCACAUUAUGGAUUUCUGUCACUGGACGCUCUCAAGGAGCAGAGCAACGGCAGUCUUCCUCCAUCUCUGGUUACCUUGGAUACCACCAAUCCCGGUCUGUCUAAUGACCUGGAGGUGCUGGACACUAUCACCGCCCGUGACAAUGAUACAGUUCAUGUGUUCUAUGUCAAGUCAGGCCAGCGAUUGGCUCAAGAUAUCCUACGAAAUGUGGAAUCCAAUCACUGCAUUCAGACCCAGUUUCUGGAGUUUCUUCACUCGCUGGGUUGGCCAGUGGAUAUCCAGAAGCAUGCCGGAUGGACAGGUCACAUCAGCACCAGCUGGAAAAUUUCCCAACCUGAAGAUAUACAGAAUAAUGCUCCGCGGACGGGAACUGGUGGCAGUAUUUAUGAUGGACAGCAGCAGGUUCUGUACUGGGCUGAUGUGUCAUCGGAGGUGGCCUUUGUUGUGCCCUCACUGGACACGUUCAACAGACUGCAGAACGAUGGAGAUAAGUCCCCGCAUAUUUCUCUCAAUGUGAAUGGAGACAGAUUGAGAGGCACCAAGCCCACCACCCUGACCAUGGAGAGACCCUUAGGGGAGCCUCGCAGCAAACCCGGUGACAGCCCGGGCUCUCCACAUGAUGCUUCAACCUUCCGCACUCGGCGCUUUGGAAGAGCUUCAACCAUUACUAUUGGACCUGAUACAAAAAUCUUUGUUGUGUGGCUGGAAAACUUUGAAGACCAUGAGAAUUUUCCCACAGGGGAUUUGUUGCCGCUGACCAAUACUGGUGUGGAGCAGUACACCACAGCCAGUAGUACCUCCAUGAGGCAGGAAAAGGACAUUUUCCUCAUCUUCAUCCAUGCUCUACAAAACGGACUUUUCCGUAUCCACAUGGAAGGGAACACUGGAAGAAUCUCCAUGGCGAUACCUCUAGUUGAUGGGAUGGUGGUCAGCAGACGAACUCUGGGGUCCAUGGUGAGGCAGACGGCCAUUAACAUUGGUCGCAGGAAGCGUUUAGAAAGUGAAUCUUACCAGCCUCCUCAUGUAAGAAGGAAGAUUAAAAUCCAGGAAAUCGUAGACAAGUAUCAUCUUAAGAUGACCGAGUCAGAGUUUUACACAGCACUGUUUCAGGAUGUACACAAGUGACCCGCUCCUGUUAAUAGCGGAAAAUUAAUCACGCACAGAGGCCAAGUGUGAUGUCUAAUGUGAUUCUUUAUUUCAAGUCUCCAACAACUUUCUUUUGUUGCUGGAUGACUGCAUUGAUGUUGGCAUAGAAACAAUCAUUUAUGAAUGAAGGAGAUUAAUCAAUGACAAAGACACCACUGUAAAUGUGAAAAUUCAUGUCUUACCAGUUACAGCUCACUGUAAAUUAUCUCCAUGGAAACUCCCAUCUGUCGUAAGUUACAGCUCACUGUAAAUUAUCUCCAUGGAAACUCGCAUCUGUCGUAAGUUACAGCUCACUGUAAAUUAUCUCCAUGGAAACUCGCAUCUGUUGUAAGUUACAGCUCACUGUAAAUUAUCUCCAUGGAAACUUGCAUCUGUUGGAAAUUACAGCUUACUGUAAAUUAUCUCCAUGGAAACUCGCGUUUGUUGUAAGUUACAGCUCACUGUAAAUUAUCUCCAUGGGAACUCGCAUCUGUUGUAAGUUACAGCUCACUGUAAAUUAUCUCCAUGGAGACUUGCAUCUGUUGGAAAUUACAGCUUACUGUAAAUUAUCUCCAUGGAAACUCGCGUCUGUUGUCAAUUACAUCUCGCUGUGUAAAUAUUUCCAUGACCAGAGCUCCACAUUUACAGACAUUUUAGAGACUCUUAGUUAUUUAUGACAGGAGUGGUGCUAUUUUUGUUGCAUGUGAUAGAGGUGAACAAAUGCUAAAUGAGUUGGUGUAUAUUUAACUUAGUAUUGUAUACUUUACAUUUGUGAAGUGAUUAUUCUUCACAGCUUUUUAUUUACAGUCAAGUGAAAAUUCCACUUCUGUUUCUCAUAAUUGUCCAUGUAUGAUUUCAUUUUUUAAAAAUUUCAAAUCAUUUAGUUGCAUUUCAGUUCCAAUUCAAAUUGGUUUAUAAUUUCAUUGCAAGAUUGUCUAUGCAUGUACAAAAAAUAUUUUUACAUUUCCCAAUUGUUUCAUUUUCAUAAUUAAUUUUUUUUGGACAUGAAAUUGCUUUAAAUUAUUUGAUAUACUUGGUUCAGUGGUUUUAUACAUUGAGUUAAGCUGGAGUUAUAUACAGUUUAAAACAGAACUGGCAUUUGUUUUUAUAGAAGGUAAUAUUGAUUGAAGAAUGGGCUCAAGGUCAAAGAGUUUAAACAUCUAUCAAUAUUCUUAUCAUUAUUUAUCACUCUCCAGCAUAUGAAUAAAAGUGCAAUACUAAAUUAUAAUGUAGCUAUUUUCUCUGUUGUUUUUUUUCAAUAAAUUAUGUUUAAAAGUA